CCAAAACUGCCAUUCAUAUACGAUUCCUCGCGAUCGUUUUAAAACGAAACCAGGAGCUACCACAACACUCUCUACGACCGCGCGUGAACCACAAUCAGUUUUAAUGGAAUCCAUUUCCAGUGUCCACGCGCUUCCUGAAGCGUGGUAUAGACCGUAUCCGAAAGUCUCUGGGUAGUGUCUAUGAAGCAAGUGAGGGCGUCCCUGUUUAUCAAAACUAGUGGGCGUCCCGAUCCUUUUUCUGAAACCUUCAAAUUUUCCCUCACUUUCUGUCCCAUUGUCUCACUCAAGCUGUUAUUGUUGGUGGGUUUUAUUGCAUUUUGUAUUUUUCAACGAAUUUUUUUUUUUUAAAUUUAUUGUACACAAACACUUUUACUUGUUUAUUUAUUUUUAUCGGGGUAAUUUUCAUCACCAUGUUUUUGGUUUUUCGUAUUUUUUUCUUUAUGGCUUUCUUCCAUCAGUAAUGGAAACGCAAAGUCGAAAAGAGCUUACAGAGCAGAACGAGAUGCUUCCUCCACAACCUGGUACAUUUCAAGAUCGUGAAGAUCUCAUCAAAUAUGUUCGUGACUUUGGUGCAAAUCAAGGGUAUGUGGUUACCAUUAAGAAGUCAAGAAAGGACAGGAGAGUUAUUCUUGGUUGUGAUAGAGGAGGUGUUUAUCGUAAUAGGCGUAAAAUUGAUGAAAGUAAACGCAAAAGGAAAGCGAGUUCACGCCUUAUAAAUUGUCCUUUUGAAGCCAUUGGUAAAAAGGAAGAUGAUAUGUGGGUACUUACCAUAAAGAAUGGGGAUCACAACCAUGAAGCCUUAAGGGACAUGUCAGAGCAUCCUUAUAGUCGCCGUUUUACUGAGGAAGAGGUUAGACAAAUUAAAUUGAUGACCGAAGCUGGUGUAAAACCUCGUCAAGUACUUAAGGCUCUAAAGCAAAGUAACCCAGAAUUGCAGUCAACACCAAGGCAUUUAUACAACCUUAAAGCUAAGAUCCGUCAAGGAAAUCUAUCAGAAAAAAGUUUCAAGUCAUGGAGGCCUAAUAGGUCUGUUCCGGUGAACACAAGUACUGCUCCCAGUGGGGGUACAUUGAAGCAAAACAACCAGCCGCUGAAGGUUCCUAAUUUUAUUGGAGGGAAAUUUGUUGAUUCACAAGGGUGUUCAAUCAUUGAUGUUAUAAAUCCUGCAACACAAGAGGUUGUUUCGCAAGUUCCUAUAAGUACCUAUGAAGAGUUCAAAGCUGCUGUUAGUUCCGCCAAGCAAGCUUUUCCUUCAUGGAAAAACACGCCCAUCACCAUUCGUCAACGUAUUAUGUUCAAGCUCCAGGAGCUCAUCCGUAGAGAUAUUGAUAAGCUUGCUAUGAGUAUCACAAUAGAACAGGGUAAGACAUUGAAGGGGGCACAAGGUGAUGUGCUCCGGGGUUUAGAGGUGGUUGAACAUGCUUGUGGGAUGGCGACUUUACAAAUGGGGGAAUUUGUUCCUAAUGCGUCUAAUGGAAUAGACACAUAUUGCAUUAGAGAACCACUUGGUGUAUGUGCUGGGAUAUGCCCCUUCAACUUUCCAGCAAUGAUUCCCUUGUGGAUGUUCCCAAUUGCAGUUACUUGUGGGAAUACAUUUGUUCUUAAACCUUGUGAAAAGAAUCCUGGGGCUUCCAUGAUACUUGCAGCACUAGCAAUGGAGGCUGGUUUGCCUGAUGGUGUCUUAAAUAUUGUUCAUGGUGCCCAUGACAUUGUUAAUUAUAUAUGCGAUGAUGAUGAUGUCAAAGCCAUAUCAUUUGUCGGCUCAAAUGCAGCUGGAAUGCACAUAUAUGCUAGGGCAGCUUCUAGAGGAAAACGUGUCCAGUCCAGUAUAGGAGGGAAAAAUCAUGCAAUCGUCAUGCCUGAUGCUAGCAUGGAUGCUACUUUGAAUGCUCUAGUUGCUGCUGGUUUUGGUGCCGCAGGACAGCAUUGCAUGGCUCUUAGCACAGCUAUUUUUGUUGGGGCUUCAAUGCCAUGGGAAGUUGAACUUGCAGAGCGUACCAAAGCCCUUAAAGUCAAUGUGGGAACAGAUCCUGAUGCUGACCUUGGUCCAGUUAUUACUAAAGAGGCAAUGGAUCGAAUAUGCAGAUUAAUUCAGAACAGUGUUGAGAGUGGUGCUAGACUUCUGCUUGAUGGGAGAAAAGUUGUGGUUCAAGGGUAUGAGAAUGGAAAUUUCAUUGGUCCUACGAUCCUAUGUGAUGUUACAAUCAACAUGGAUUGCUAUAAGGAAGAAAUUUUUGGACCAGUUCUUCUUUGCAUGCAGGCUGACAGCCUAGAUGAGGCCAUAAUGAUUGUUAAUAGAAACAGGUAUGGGAAUGGAGCAUCGAUAUUCACAACAUCUGGUGUUGCUGCAAGGAAGUUCCAAAAUGAAGUUGAGGCUGGGCUGGUUGGGAUCAAUGUCCCAGUUCCAGUUCCAUUGCCAUUUUCAUCAUUUAACGGAUCGAAGGCAUCUUUUGCUGGUGAUCUCAAUUUCUGUGGUAAGGCAGGUGUACAAUUUUACACCCAGAUCAAAACAGUUGCCCAACAGUGGAAGGAUUUACCUAGCCUAUUAGUUCCACUAUCUAUGCCUCCAUCAUCCAACAAGGAUGUGACAGGCAGGGGAAUGUCUUCAGCAUUGCCUUCUACAUCCGAGAGAGAUUCACCAAGUCAAAGGGUGUCACAAGCCAUGCAUUCCUCAUCUGAGAGUGAUUCACCAGCAUCCGACUCCGAUGUACCAAACCCAGGACUGUCAUCUAUGUCUCCAACAACUGAUAGGGAUUUGCCAAGCCAUGGUAUGCCCCUUGUCAUUCCAGGAACAUCAGAUAGGGAUUUAUCCAAUGGGGAUAUGUCGCUAGCUAUGCCUCCAUCAACAGAGAGAGAUCUACCAGGCCACAGAGUGUCGAUAACAUCACCUCAGAUGUCUGAAAGGCUGUAUAUGCCCCAAACAUCUCGUUGGAAUGAAACUCCACAACCAACAUCUCAGAGGACUGAAACCAUCACAUCAUCGUCUGAGAGAAUUCAUGUCCCUACAACAUCUCAGAGGAAUGGCAAUGCGGCGGGACUGGCAUCUCAAAGGACUGACUCUGCCAUGUCCUUAUCUUCUGAGAGGAUAUAUAUGCCUACCUCACAUGACAAUAUGGGUCCAAUAUCACACAGGAAUGACAAUAUGGCAGCAACAUCUCAUCAUAUGGAGACUACAGUUCAUCCGAGUUCAGAGAGAGUUUAUAUUUUAACAUCCCAUUUGAAUGACAGUAUGAAUCAACCGUUUCAAAGAAGCGAUAACAUGUUCACAGCAUCUGAGAGGCUAUAUAUGCCUCAAACAUCCCAGAGAGCAACAGAUAUUGGGCUUCACUCAACCUCAGAGAGAAUGUACAUGUCUGCUGCAGCAGCAGCAUCUCAGAGGAAUGAAAACUUGGCUGGUGCUGCUUCUGCUUCUCAACAGGCAGAUCCCAUGUCUGCAAGUUCUGAGAGAAUGUAUAUGUCUCCGAUAGUCCAGAGAAAUGCUAAUGCUGCUGCUAUGGGAUCGAAUUCGGAGAGAUUAUACAUUCCUGCUGGCACUGCUCAAAGGAUGUACUCUCAGAACCCAUUAAUAUCAAUGGAUGAAUUUCCAAACCAAGAAGCCUCACUGUCUUUGCCCACUUCCCAGAGAAUAUAGGAUAGGCAUUAGGUUGCUAUGUAUAAAUUAUUUCUAGGAAUUCUGUAGACAGUGAUCUAUGGCAACAUUAGUUUCUUUGUUUCAAAUAAUACAGCCUAGAAGAUUUUCUUCUUAAAA